CGAAAAUGAAGAGACAAAUAAAGAAGAGGAAAAGCAUUGAUUCUGAAAUACCAAUAUAGUAUCAUUCGUGAAAGAAGAUUUUGUAAUAUUCCACAAACUUAGAAAUUAGGGGAAAAGAAAACAAAAAAAAAAGAUAGGAAAAAAGAGCUUUAACUUUUGGAAUUGGAAGAAGCACAAACACACACAAAAAAAAAGUCUCUGUUUUACCUUUUAACCCCUUCAAGAAUCCUCCUUUAAGUUCAGUGCCCUCUUACUUUUCUCUUAUCGGAAUAUCUCUCUUCCUCUGUUUCUUCGCCAUUCUCUCAGCUUUUCUCCUUCUUCUUCGUCUUUGUCAGGUAAAGAGAUACGAUGAGCAUAUCCCACAUACCUCUCUCCUCUUCUCAUCUUUUUAGUUUCUCGAAAGUUUGCAUGCGCCGACUUUGUUAUAGGUUAUAAACUUUAGUUUUAAGCCUAUUUUCGUAUGUUUAUGGUUGUUGUAAUAGUUGAGAAUUCAGAGUAUGUCAAGUGAAACUUAAAAAGAAUUCUAUAUGUAUGUGUGUAUGUGUUAAAGAGUGAAUGGAGCUGUGGACAGAAGCUAGAGCCUUAAAGGCAAGUCUAAGAGGAGAAUCUACUAUAUCUCUCAAACAUCACCAAGUGAUUGUGUCGGAAGAUUUAAGCCGAACUUCUUCCUUGCCGGAAGAUUUCUCCGUUGAGUGUUUCCUCGAUUUCUCAGAAGGUCAAAAAGAAGAAGAAGAAGAAGUUGUCUCUGUUUCUUCUUCACAAGAGCAAGAAGAACAAGAACAUGAUUGUGUCUUUAGUUCACAACCUUGCAUCUUUGAUCAACUUCCUUCUUUGCCGGAUGAAGAUGUGGAAGAGCUUGAAUGGGUAUCUCGUGUUGUGGAUGAUUGUUCAUCACCAGAAGUUUCACUUCUCUUAACACAAACACAUAAAACCAAACCAAGCUUCUCAAGAAUUCCGGUUAAACCAAGAACCAAACGGUCUCGGAACAGUUUAACCGGUAGUCGUGUUUGGCCACUCGUUUCAACCAAUCAUCAACAUGCAGCAACAGAGCAGUUGAGGAAGAAGAAACAAGAAACUGUCCUUGUGUUUCAACGAAGAUGCAGCCAUUGUGGCACAAACAACACACCACAGUGGAGAACCGGUCCGGUCGGUCCAAAAACCUUAUGUAAUGCAUGUGGAGUCCGGUUUAAGUCUGGUAGGCUCUGCCCGGAAUACAGACCGGCGGAUAGUCCGACGUUCUCGAAUGAGAUUCACUCAAAUCUUCAUAGGAAGGUUCUGGAAUUAAGAAAGAGUAAAGAGUUGGGUGAAGAAACAGGUGAAGCUAGUACUAAAUCAGACCCAGUCAAAUUUGGCAGCAAGUGGUAGAUAAGACUUAGGUAAAACCUACUUUUUGUAACAUUAUCUGUAGUGUUGUAAUUUAACAACUUGCUUCUUAACAUUUUGAAACUGUUUCAGGAACUAGUCUUAAGUAAACAAUGGUUUUCUAUAAACAAAAUUAAUGUGUGUUUUUAAUGAUGUAAGACCACCACCACCACUACUAGUACUUGGAAUGAUUUUGGUCCAUGUGUAGUGGCUUAAAUAGACUUUUUGAGUAAACAAAAUGCCAAAUGGAAGAAUCAUCUUGAAA